UAUAUAAGAUCUGGAUGGAAAGUUAGAUUGAAGCACCACCAACCGCAUUCAAUCACUGAUUCUCGAGUCUUGCAUUCCGCUACUCUUCUUCUCGACUCAUCUUUCUGAUAUUCUUUCAAUCUCACAAUCUUCAUUUCCUGCAUCAUGAAAUCUGCUGUUGUCUCUGCGCUCAUCGGAGCUGCCAUUCUUUCCCAGCAAGUUUUGGCACACCCGGGCCAUAAUCAUGCAAAGGAAAAUGAGCAGCGAAGUGCCUAUUUGAACAACCCGAACACCAAGCGGUCCCUCGCUCACUGCGCGGAGAAGCUGAAAGCCAGGGGAAAUGACAUCGCUAUGGCUGCUAGGCGAUCGGCUAUAGCCCAGAAUCUGCGAAAGAAGAGGUCCAUCAGCACCGAGAAAUCGUACCUCCGUGCGCGUGAUUUCGAUGAGGUCCUUGCCACCGACCACCACAGCAACAUGACCGGCAUUACUGCUGACACCGAUCCAUCUGUUCUGUUUUCGGGCAACAGUUCUUGCAUCCUUAGCCCCGAGACCACCCAAGGGCCGUACUGGGUUUCUGGAGAAUUAGUCCGCGAGGAUAUCACCGAGGAUCAGGAGGGUGUUCCACUUACUCUCGAUAUUCAAAUAAUCGACACCAACACGUGCGAGCCUGUUCCCCAAUCUAUGCUUGAGAUCUGGCACUGCAACUCUACGGGUGUCUACUCUGGAGUCUCAGCUAGUGGGAAUGGCAACGGGGCUGCUUCGAACUUGAACACUACUUUCUUGCGAGGCAUCCAGCCGUCUGAUACCCAAGGUGUCGUAAAAUUCGAUACGCUGUUCCCAGGUCACUAUACCGGCAGAGCUACCCAUAUCCACGUUCUCGCCCAUAUGAACGCUACAAUGCUACCCAACAACACUAUUUCGGGCGGAAGUAUCAGCCACGUCGGCCAAGUCUUCUUUGACCAAAGCCUGAUCACUCAAGUCGAAGCAACUACGCCUUACGUGAACAACGCGCAAGAAUUGACCACCAACGCCGACGACUCCAUUAUGUCUGGAGAGGCCGCGGACGUUGACCCAGUUGCUGAAUAUGUCUUCCUUGGUGACGACGUGUCUUCUGGUAUCUUUGCUUGGAUUGCUUUCGGUAUGGAUACGACUGCUGUGUACAAUGUCAGCGCUGCCGCCGUCUUGACAUCGAACGGCGGCGUUGCAAACAACAACACCGGAAUGGGAGGUCCUGGAGGUAUGCCAUCUGGUGGUCCCCCACCUGGUGCCAUUCCCUCUGGAACAGCCCUUCCGACUGGCACUGCCGCUGCUGGCGCUUAGAGGGGUAAAAAAAAAUUGAUGAAUCAGAGAGAAUCAGAUUGGUGUAAAAGCUACAUGGGAGAGCGGGGCGCAAUUCUCUUCUUCUCUAACAACACCUCACAUUCGUUUAGCAUCUUUAUUCUCGCUCUU